AUGUGUAUGUCCGCGAACGGAAGGCGUGUGGUGCACUUGGGGAUUUUUUCCAGGCAGCGAAUGCGGCGACUGUCGUCCUAUCGAGCCGUGGUGUCAAGAUGCACGCGGGCAUUCUCCAAUGCGAGCACGCCCCCGACAUGUGGGCAGCCACUUCCGCACACGCAUCCACACCUGUUUCCCAUUGAUUUCCGGCGUGGCACAGAUGCGUCGAAGGGCGGGGGUGUAGCGAUGGACCACCUGACGCCGGGGAUCCCUGCCUCCGAAUAUGAGGACCGACGGCGACGGCUGAUGGAACGUCUGCCACCCAAAUCGGUUGUCGUGCUGAUGGGUGGGCGUAUCAAGUACAUGUCACGUAAUAUUUUUUACAAGUUCCGGCAGGAGUCCAACUUUUGGUACUUGACGGGCAUGCAAGAGCCUGAUGCAGCACUUGUCUUGGAAAAGACGGGUCAUGGUCCACGCGGUUAUAAAAUGACCAUGUUUGUCGAACCGCGGCAACUUCAUAAGGAGGUGUGGGAUGGCCCUUCCUGUGGUAUGGAAGGUGCUACACGCAUCUUUGGCGCAGACGAAGCGCUUCCCAAUGAUCCAUCUGUCAUGUUGCAAUUUUUCAAAACGGCAGCAGCUCAUGCUGAGCAAUUGUAUGUCGACUUGCCGGCACAGGUGUCGACCCCACGGCAGAGCCUGCGGUCUCCGCGCUUUAGUAUCCACGAGUUUCUCGCUCCGUCCUCGCCAUCAGGCUAUGAUAUGUUUGUGCGCAAGACAGAUUUCGAUAACGUCGUUAAGCUGCUAUCUGAUCGACGAAACACGCACUCUCUCGAGCGAGAGAUGGACGUGCUUCGGAGUUGUAAGAGCGAGAAUGAAAUCAAGGUCAUGCGACAGGCUGGUGCGAUCAGUGGCAAGGCCAUGUCACAGGUCAUGCGAGCCGUGCAGCCUGGCAUGGAGGAAGCCUCAAGCACAAGCCCUUUUCGAGUAUGA